AUGGAUUACCUAUUCUGGCGGCUCCCUCAGGUAGUAGAAGAUCAUCACUAUGCGUGGAUUCUAUGGUAUAUUUGGAAGGCAAGGAAUAAUAAAGUUUUCAGUAAUUUGGAUGUAGAUCCUCGAGAUACUCUUCAAUUGGCUGAAACAGAAUCACGGCUCUGGCUUGACGCACAAAUUUCAUCUGAUCAGAGAUCAGAUCAAGUUCGACCAGACAUUAAUUCUCCACUCCCAGUCAUUCCAGGCAGAUGGUGCUUCUUGGAUGGAUCAUGGAAAGAUAAAGAAGUUUUCUCGGGACAAGGAUGGUAUAGCACUUUGGAAGGUUUUGAUGGAUUAAUGGGAGCGAGAAACACAAGAUCGAGCCAGUCACCUCUUCACUCAGAGAUUGAGGCUCUUGUGUGGGCAAUGUAA